GAAGAAGAAGAAGAAGAAGAAGAAGAAGAAGAGUGCAGAUGGUCGCCUUUCCCUUGGACAUAUGAGCUUUACGUUUUACAACCAUAUGUUUGCAGCGUAAAUUUAAGAUCAUAAGCGACUGUGGGCAGUUUUUUCUGCCUUGUGUUGGAGCUGUAAACGCCUUAAAACCAAGGACUGGAUUCUGCGUAGCUUCUGUCUAUAACGUACUGUUGAAACCAGGCUACGUUGCUAAUGUAGCUUUCGUAACGGAAAUGAUUAAUAGUUGGACUUUCACUUGAUCUGUCCGCGUAAUAAACCUCCUUCUAGGAUGAAAUGUCUCUUUUUAAGGCCGCCAUGCGUGAUAUUAACAUGUAUUAUAUUCGCGGUGUGGCUCGUUGAAUCGGGAAGAGGCUUCCCUUUGUUUCCUGUCGUAACGCCGUAUUGAUCGGCGCACAAGGGAAAAGCGCCGAGAAGCAACAACAAAAAACCAAAAUGGAUGAAAGUCUUGAAAAUGUCGACAACGACGACAUUGUCAUCAUUGUGGAAAACGAGGCGGAAAGUUUGCCCGCCGAGGACGAGCGGCUGAAGCCGCAAGGCGCCUUCGGGCUCAUGGACACCUGUCCCAUCUGCAAGCUGAGCUUCCACAACAGAGAGCCCAAACUCCUGCCGUGUCUCCACUCCUUCUGCAAGAGGUGUCUCCCUGUCCCCCACAGAAGUGCCGACCCGAGACGAGACUCCCAGGCUCCAGUGGACAGCAAAUCACUGGGCGCUGUGCGAUGUCCAGUGUGCCGCCAGGAAUGCUGGGAGAUGGACAUGUUGGAUAAUUUCUUCGUGAAGGACUCGGCUGAGGUCCCGAGCAGCACCAUGGAGAAGAGCAGCCAGUUGUGCAUCAGCUGCGAGGACAACACCGAGGCGACGGGUUACUGCGUGGAGUGUGUGGAGUUUCUGUGUGUGACGUGUAUCGAGGCGCACCAGAGGGUCAAGUUCACCAGGGAUCACACCAUACGGCAGAAGGAGGAGAUGUCUCCAGAAGCAUUAGGUGUGUCCACGCAGAAGCCUGUGUUUUGUGACGUCCACAAGCAGGAGCCGCUGAAGCUGUUUUGCGAGACGUGUGACCGGCUCACAUGUCGGGACUGUCAGCUGCUGAAGCACAAGGAUCACAACUACCAGUUUUUGGAUGAUGCAUACCGGAACCACAAGCAGCAUCUGGAGAACAUGACGCAGCAGUUGCAAGAGAAAAGAAAGGCCAUCGAGGACGUGUCCAGCUGUAUCAGCUCUGGACUCCAGCAUGUCGAGGAAAACCGAAAGGCCGUCACCAACGAAAUAAAAAAGUCCAUCUGUAACCUGAUCAUGGAAAUCAACAGGAAGGGAAAGAUUCUGGUUAACCAGCUUGAGGCUCUGACUAAAGACCACGAGCUGGGUUUGAAAAAGCAGCAAGAUGACGUCAACUCUCUGAGCAGGCACCUCGACCACGUCAUCCGCUUCACUAAAUGGGCCACAGCCAGCCACAGCGGGACGGCCCUGCUGUACUGCAAGAGACUGAUACUUUUCCAGAUCCAUUACCUGAUGAGAGCAAGCUGUAAUCCCUCCAUCGUCCCUCAGAGUUCCGUUCGCUUUCAGUGUCGCUCUGGUUUCUGGGCCACCAAUGUGGACCUCGGUUCUUUAGUUGUAGAAAGGGGCCAGAGCCGGACCCCCAUCACUACCCACCCGGCAGGUCCCAGAGCAGAAGCGCCCGCUGGAGGGCUUUCCGCUUCAGCUCAGCAGACAGUGCGACAGAGCACAUUGGCUCAGCUGCAGAUGCAUGUGGAUAAGCUCGCCCAUCAACCCAACAGACAGCCCCCCCCGAACCACUGGUCCUGGUACCAAAACGUCCGGGUUCCGGGGCACCCGGGGCUCCCACCCCCAACCAGACCCAGCCACGGCGGGUCCUCCCCCUCUCAAGGCCCUCCAAGCUUGGGACAGCCGGGACGCCGGUACGGAAGCUCCUACCCCAACCCGAGAAGCCCCACGUCGUCCAUGCUUCACAACACGGGGUUCCCACCUGCUCAGUCUCUGCGAGAUCUGAUCCAUAGCUCCAGCUUCCCCUCCAAGCCAAUGGAGGUGUUGCAGGGUACGUCCCGCUACCCACAGCCUCUGUCUGCAGGAGCAGCUGCACAGAUGUCACUACAGCGGGGCCUAACAGAGUCCUCCUACCUGAGGAGGAGCGAGGCUGGGGGGUCCGUGCCCUCCAUCACCAUCUCUAUUCCCAAACCCAGCUUUGCUCCAAGUCUCUCUUCAGCAACUGCGGAUAAAACCAGUGCAUUUAAUCACACGUCAGUUCAAGCAAGGCAGAACUCUCCAAUGGCCAAACCAUCUUCCUCAGACAGGGGCACAGGGACGACGUCCUGGAGGCAGAGCUCCGAGCCUCCCUCCGCCUCGUCGGCCAAGCGACGAAGACGGUCGUCCCCGGGGCCCGUCAUCGUCAUCAAGGACGAACCAGAGGACGAGGACGAUGUUCGAUUUGUGCAGUCCAGUGUCGGCUCCAGCCUGCCGGACAGCAGCACCGGCGCCCAGGCGAAGCCUCGGCAGCAGCCGAAGACCCCCGCUCCGGCCGCGGCGCCCGGGUCGGAGUCCGGAGCUGAGUCGAGCGAAGCAGUCCAAGAGCAACGCGGGCCGCCCGUCGCGGCGCAGCCCGAGUGCGAGAAGAGGGCGGUGCCGGAGGAGGAUCCCAACGAGGACUGGUGCGCCGUCUGUCAGAACGGGGGGGAGCUGCUUUGUUGCGACAAGUGUCCCAAAGUCUUCCACCUGGCCUGCCACAUUCCCGCACUGAAUGAGUCCCCCAGCGGGGAGUGGUUCUGUUCGCUCUGCCGAGACCUCACCUCUCCCGAGAUGGAGUACGUCUGCGACAGCAAGGACGACCCCGUCUCUGAGCGCUUCCCUCCUCACGGAAGAAGGAAGUGCGAGAGGCUGCUGCUCCGUCUGUUCUGCAACGACUUCAGCACUGACUUCCAGCAGCCCGCUGCUCCAUCAGAGACGAGACGCUACAAAGAGCUGAUCAAGAACCCGAUGGAUUUGUCGAUCGUCAAGAAGAAGCUGGAGUCAAAGUCCCCAGAAGGGGACGGUUACAGCGGCCCGGAGGAGUGCGUCGCCGACAUCCGGCUCAUAUUCUUCAACUGUGCAAAGUACUACAAGGCCACCUCCGAGGUGGGGAGUGCAGGCUUGUACUUGGAGGACUACUUCGAGGAGCAGUUGAAACUAGUCUUCCCCGAUGCGGUGUUCGCCGGCGGGAGGGAGGAACAGAUGAUCCCGCCCCUGGAGGAGGAGAUAGACGAAGAGGAAGAGAUGGCGGCGGAGGGCGCGGCCCCCGUCAAAGACGAUAAACCACAAAGUCCGGCAGGUAAGGGAAUCCCGCCUGUGGAGGAAGACCUGCCUCCUCUGGAGGAAGGAACGGCACUCACAGAGGAAGCAAGGUCAGAGACGGAGGAGAAGGUGAUCGACGCAAGCAAAAAGGGGACGGAGGAGGAGGAGGAGGAGGAGGAGAAGGAGGCGGCGGCGCCGGCUGCUGCUCCUGCUGCGGGGGAUCUGCCUCCUGCAGAGGAGGAGGAGAUUCCUGCCGAGGAGGCGGAAUGCCCCCUAGCUGCUGAGGCGGAGACAAAAGAAGAGGAACCUCCCAAAUCCCCAAAAGAAGAGGAGCCGCAGCUCCCCAUGGACACGGAUGUGCUUCGGCCUGAAGGCCAGGAGGAGUCGGCUCCCGCAGAAGCAGCCAAGGAGAAGGAGGAGCAGCAGGGAUAGAUUACAGCAGAGAGACGCGCUGUAGACCAGAUGGAUGAUUUCAGUCUUCCGCAGAAGUGGCCCCAGUGGGGACCGAUAUUUGGUUUUUAGUCUGUUAUGUUAUAUUCGCAAUAGGAAAAAGGUUCUGCUAUGCUGAAUAGACUUCUUUAGUAGCAGUCACGCAGUAGAUGCACAAUGGAGGGAGUAAAUUCGUAAAUUUCCUGCUCAACAGUGGUUAUAAUUUCACUGUUACAUAGUUUGGUAUUUUCUGCAAUGACAAAACUAAAAAGCCCCAAAAAGCUGUUUGUUUAUCAUGAGAUCAUUUGGAAGAAAAAAGGCAAAAAAACCACAUGAUUUUGGUUGCAUGCAAGAUGCCUUGAUGUAAAUAUGAAUGCUUCCAUGUUUGUGUUGAUAGACUUUGGCUCUCUUGCAAUAGCUACUACGCUGAAAACAAAUUGUUUUAUUACCAUAGUAUUUUAUUUUUUAUUUUAAGUUUGUAUUAAAGCACAGCUAUCUAAAAAAAAACAACUUUCUUUUUUAAUUAAGCUGGCUGGUUAUUUUUAGAACCAUGUUUUGUUUUUUUCUUCUUUAUCAUAAAGCAGCCUUGUUGGGUUUUAUCAUAAUAGUUCUUAAGAAUUUACUGUUGGGACUAUGAUAAAAUAUAAUUAUUAUCCAGAGACUGAAAAACGUUUGCGUUCUCCAAAUUGUGUCUUUGCCGUUCUGCAGCAUGAUUCGUUUUACAUGUAAGAUUUCUCCCGAGCUUUGUUGCUUUAACUUUUUUCACUCACUGAAAGCAAUGGAAGUGUGCAAUUAGACGCACACAGCAAAUAGGCUUCCCUUAUCUAACCCUUCACUUCAGUAUCACUGAAUCUGUUCAACAUUAACACUUUAUUUAUUAAGGAUACACAGGAGGUGUAAAUAAACUCUGCAAACAAUGUUAUUACCUGUAUUUGCAAUAUUUGUAAUAAACAGGGUUGAAUAUAA